AUGCUGAGUCCAUUGUUUUCCCGUACUGGCGUUUUUCGGCUUGAGCCUAUCAUUCACAGUAAAGUGAAGGAGUUGUUGCACCGGAUCGAUCAGAUGACAGGGAAGAAGGUGGUUAACCUUUAUGACGCUUUCAGGCAUGUCACUGCCGACAUCAUAAUGGAGUUUGGAUUUGGCAGGUCGCCAAGCAUACCAGACCAGAAAGGAUUAGGAGCCAAGUCUUGGUUGAUACAUGCCCUGGAAGGGUUUGGGCGGAAUAUUUGGACUAUGCAAGAGCGGCCGAUCAUCAACAGGAUAUCCGGGAUGAUACCCCUGUGCAUUAUGCAAUACUUUGAUAAUGGGUUCGGCCCCAUGGCCCGGCUGAUGAAGUACGGCGAAACCUGUCUCCAAGAGUAUGAAAAAGGCGAAUACGCAAAAUCUCACCCUAUUGUUUUCGAUAGUCUUCCAACUCUAUCAUAUAAACUAAAGGUCAUGGAAGCGGUAGAACUCCUCAUUGCUGGGUCGGGGACAACAGCGUCUACGCUAACGUCAGCCAUGAUUCAUAUCCUCAAAAAUAAGGACAUUCAUGCCCGCUUGGUGAGCGCGUUGCAAAAAGUCCAACCCAACGAGGAGGGGAACCUAGCGCUUUCUGACUUGGAAAGGGUCGACUACCUGGUUGCGUGCGCCAAAGAGUCGCUGAGGUUCGGACUUGCGGUUCCAGGGCGUCUACCGAGAGUGGUUCCAGACGGUCUUGAGCAGCCUUUCGUUGUUGAUGGAAAGGUGGUUCCGCCCGGGACUAUUGUCUCCAUCUCCGCGUAUACAAUGCAUUACAGUGAAGAACUCUGGGGUGCGGAUGCACGAACUUUCAACCCAGAUCGCUGGUUAGACUCACGCUCAAAGAAUCUAGAACAGUAUCUAUGUACAUUCUCAAAGGGCGCAAGAAUGUGCCUCGGCCAUAAGUAUGUUUAUUCCCCCAGCAGAGGCAUUGGCUUUCUACGCCGUUCGUUUUGA